AAAGUCCACAACCAUAUCACCUUUUUUCGUCAUAGAUUUUGUCUAUCUCUUUCUCUAUUUCACACACACACACACAAAAACAAAGAUUAUAUUAUAUUUCUCUCCUUUUUUCAGAUAUGGAAGCUGAUUCAGAAGAAGAUGAGCUUCUGAAUCUUAGCCUUUCAGUUAAUAGAGAAAGAAAAAAGAAGGGAAAAAUCAUCAUAAGUAGAGAAAAUAACAACAUGAUGAGUACUAAUAGAAACUCCUAUGAAGGCUAUGAAGGAAAAAUCUUUCAUCUUCUUCAAAUGAGAGAACAAAUGCUAAGAAAAAGUACUCUCAACAUUGAAGAUUCAAAUGGUCUUCCAUUAAUUCACUUACUUCUCACAACAGCAACUUCUGUUGAUGAAAACAACUUGGAUUCAUCUCUUGAAAACCUAACAGAUCUUUACCAAACAGUUUCACUCACCGGUGAUUCGGUUCAACGUGUCGUCGCGUAUUUCACCGAUGGUUUAACUGCAAAACUCCUCACAAAAAAAUCACCAUUCUAUGAAAUGUUGAUGGAAGAACCAACAAUCGACGAAGAGUUUCUCGCAUUCACAGAUCUCUACAGAGUUUCACCCUAUUUCCAAUUUGCUCAUUUCACUGCAAAUCAAGCUAUCUUGGAAGCCUUUGAAAAAGAAGAAGAGAAAAAUAACCGUUCUAUUCAUGUUAUUGAUUUUGAUGCUUCAUAUGGUUUUCAAUGGCCUUCACUGAUUCAAUCACUUUCAGAAAAAGCAACAAGUGGCAACAGAAUCUCUUUCAGAUUAACUGGUUUCGGUAAGAAUUUAAAAGAGCUUCAAGAAACUGAAUCUAGGUUAGUUAGUUUCUCAAAAGGUUUUGGUAACAUUGUUUUUGAGUUUCAAGGUUUGUUAAGAGGAUCAAGAGUAAUUAAUUUGAGGAAGAAAAAAAAUGAAACUGUGGCUGUUAAUUUAGUUUCCUAUUUAAACAAAAUGAGUUGUUUGUUGAAAAUAACUGACACAUUGGGAUUUGUUCAUUCUCUUAACCCUUCCAUUGUUGUGAUUGUUGAACAAGAAGGUAGUAAAAAUCCUAGUAGAACCUUCUUAUCAAGAUUCACAGACACAUUGCAUUAUUUUGCAGCUAUGUUUGAUUCACUUGAUGAUUGUUUACCACUUGAGAGUAUUGAGAGGUUAAGAAUUGAGAAGAAGGUUUUUGGUAAAGAGAUUAAAAGCAUGCUUAAUAACUAUGAUGAUGUGGAAGGUGGUGUUGAUUGUGCAAAAUAUGAAAAGAUGGAAACAUGGAAAAGUAGAAUGGAGAAUAAUGGAUUUGUUGGUAUGAAAAUGAGUUCAAAAUGUUUGAUACAAGCAAAAUUGUUGCUUAAGAUGAGAACACAUUAUUGUCCACUUCAAUUUGAAGAAGAAGGUGGUGGUGGUUUCAGGGUUUCAGAAAGAGAUGAUGGAAGGGCUAUCUCUUUAGGAUGGCAAAAUAGGUUUUUGCUUACUGUGUCAGCAUGGCAAUCACUUUGAUGAUUUGAUAGAUCUUUAAUAAUCUUAUGUCUCCUAACUAUUUUCAUCAUUUUGGUAAUAAUCUACACUCAAAAUGAUGAUUCAUUACACUUUAGCUACCUAAUAUUUUUCUUCUUUAUUUUCUUUCUCUAGCUAUGAUCUUUUUCUAUAUAUAAGACAUAUUAUGUCUUGAAUUAUUAAGAGUUUAAUUUUCCGUAGUUUGUAGGUUGUUCAAGUAAAUAUAUGAAGCAUAUAUGUAUGUAUCUUUCUUAAGGAAUUAAAUGUCCUUUUUUCUUGUUCAUUGUAUUAGCAUCAUGAACCCUAAUAUCCCUUUUUCUGUUUUGGGUGCAAGUGGAAAAACCCUAGUUGAAG